ACCUUUACUGCAGCCCUGAGGUCAUGAAGCCCUACUCUCUCUUAGUGUUCCUCUUUGCUGCAUUCUUUUCUCAAGCGACGGGCGAACUCCCAUGGUACAGACGAACCAACUUUUACCAAGUGUACCCGAGAUCGUUCAAAGACAGCGAUGGAGACGGUACCGGAGAUCUUAAAGGUGUGGCACAGAAGGCUCAGCAUUUCAAAGACAUCGGAUUGGACGCCAUUUGGUUGUCUCCUUUCUUCCCCUCGCCCAACAAAGACUUUGGCUAUGAUGUCUCCGACUUUAAAAACGUCGAUCCUCUCUAUGGCAAUAUGGACGACUUCAAAAACCUUGCUAAAACCUUAGCGGGCCUUGGAAUCAAGUUUGUGAUAGACUUUGUCCCCAACCAUUCCAGUGAUUUGCACCCGUGGUUCCAGCUCUCUGUCAACAGAACUCACCCUUACACCGACUAUUACGUUUGGGACAACGGAACUAUCGACGAUGGCGGAAAACACCAUCCCCCGAACAACUGGUUGAGCGUGUUUGGUGGCUCUGCAUGGGAAUGGCACGAAGGUCGACAGCAGUACUACUACCACGCCUUCCUCAAGGAACAACCCGAUCUGAACUACAACAAUCCAGCAGUGGUAGCUGAAAUGGAGGAUGUGAUCAGAUUCUGGUUGGACAUCGGAGUGGACGGGUUCAGGCUUGACUCGGCCAACUACAUGUUCGAGUCAGACAACAGAUCUGAAAACGAAACUUUGAUUCCUGGAGAGACGGACGCUACUCAGUGGAAGAACUACGUUCACAAUCUGACUCAGAACCAAGACAAGACUUACGAGUUGUUCCACAACUGGGCCUUGAUCUUCUACAACUACUCAACUGGCAAGAGUGGAAAGCCGAGGGCACUUUUCAUGGAGGUAUACACGGACCUGGACCACACAAUAAUGUAUUACGGUCACGGCAACACCAGUCUCAUGUUCCCGUUCAACUUUGAACUCCUUGUCCAAGGUAACCAGAGUCUGACAUCUUCAGACUUCAAGAGGAUCAUAGACAGUUGGCUGGACAAGAUGCCAAAAGAUGGAGUAGCCAACUGGGUCGUAGGUAACCAUGACAACGGCAGAGUGGCUGAUAGGUACGGGUUUGAGAUGGUAGACGCCAUCAACCUUCUUACAGGCGUGCUGCCAGGGAUGAAGGUGACGUACUACGGGGACGAGAUCGGCAUGAGGAACACAUUUGUACGAUGGAGCCAGAACGUGGACCCUAGUGGACAGUCCUUGGGACCCGACAACUACCUGAAGGCUUCUAGGGACCCUGAGAGGACCCCAAUGCAGUGGGACAGCUCACCAUCUGCUGGAUUUUCCAGCAACAAAACCACAUGGCUGCCGGUGAACCCAGACUACUGGUGGCUUAACGUGGAGAAGCAGAAAGCAGCUGACUCUAGUCACCUUAAGGUGUUUCAAACACUGUCCAAGGUGAGACAAGACGAGGUCCUGCUGAAUGGCACCACCAAGGUGUUAGCACCUGAUGACGACACUCUCAUCAUCUUAAGGACGUUGAACUCUUCUUACUUCGCACUGUUGAUCAACUUAGGCAGCGAGUUGAGAGAAUAUACCACUCUGGACUUGGCUCUCCCCAGCAAUGUUGAUGUCCAAGUAGUCAUCGUCAGUGAGAACGUAGAGCACAAGAUUGGGGACAAAAUUGCGGCCAACUCCACGAAAAUUCAACUGAGGCCAAAAGCCGCCAUCUUGGUGAAGUCAUCAGCUACCCAACUGUUUCUGUCUCUUCCGCUCUUCGUCUGCUUAUUACUCGGAAAUUUCUGGAGAUAAGGCCUUGUAAAAGAACUUUGUUCAAUUGUUAAAUUUAAUAGCUUAAGUUUUAAUUUUUUUAGUUAAUGUCUAAUUGUAUGAUAUUUAUAUUGAUUUGAUAAAGGUUUAGACUGAUUUGUUGUAAAUAUUUUUAACUGGUGUUGUAAUAAAG